AUGCAGGAUGUGGAAUCCAUGCCUUUGCAGGCACCUCAGCCUGCAGUACACGUGCAGGGACAGGAACCGCUAACGGCCUCCAUGCUGGCUGCUGCCCCUCCCCAGGAGCAGAAGCAGAUGCUGGGAGAACGUUUGUUCCCUCUGAUUCAAGCUAUGCACCCCAGCCUUGCGGGGAAGAUCACAGGAAUGCUGCUAGAGAUUGACAACUCGGAGCUGCUGCACAUGCUCGAGUCUCCAGAAUCCCUCCGGUCGAAGGUGGAGGAGGCCGUUGCAGUGUUGCAGGCUCACCAAGCCAAGAAAGAAGCUGCCCAGAAGGUGGGCGUGGUUGCUGCUACCUCUUAAACCAGGAAGACUGGAUGCAAAGAAGCCAAAUAAGCCCCUUCAUAGACAUCAGCUCGAGAUGUUUGAAGAUUCUCCACUGUCCUGCAGAUCUCAAUGCCAUGCAUCAUAUCACAUAGUUAUAUUGCAUUUUGUAAAUUAAUCUUUAAGAUCUUAUUUAAAAAGCCAACUCUGAAGCUCUAGAUUUCCAAAACCAGAAUUGGGCUUGCAAGCUUUUCCUUUGCGGUCAGAUCAGAGCUACCCUUUGUGUCUUCUGAGCAGGACAUUGAGGAUUUUAGGUUGAAAGUAUUUUGUGGUUUUGGUUUUAACUGAACAAUCCAGUUUGGAAA